AUGACGUCGACCCAGUUUCCCCCCACCUUGUCUCAAGAGAAGAAAGAGUUCAUCAAAGCGUUCUAUAGUGUCUCAGAUACACCGGGUGCGACGGACAAGGUGAGUACUGAUGCACCGUCUCCUGAGUCCACUCGUGCCGUAGCCAAACCGAUUCCUCGAAUCACCGGUGACCAGUUCCCGAAGCUUGGACUGGGGCCUUGGAGGCGCUCUGGGAGCCAAAUUCGCAUGGGAAUAGGGCUAAUGAUCGCUGUGGACUCUCAUAGUACGUGGACUUUCUGACGGAGGAGUAAGUGGACUCUCUACUGAGCAAGUGUUUGCGUGGAGCGGGAUGUCGACGACUGAUGAUGCCCGAAUCGUGGCCUGAACAGUGUCGACUUCAUCAUGGGCUUGAAGGCGAUACAAGGCGUACCGGGUCAGUCGGAGCACCAUGAAGAACUCGUUACCUAACUUCAAGCUAACCGUGUUCGUCCGCUCAUGCCUGUAACCGCUUCAUCAGCCGUUCGAAAGAUGCGCGAGACCAUGUGGAGCGACGUCACAACUCGUCGACACACCCCCACACAAGUCUACACCUUCAAUCAGGAAUCCAACGACCUUAUGAUUCACGGCAAGGCAAGUUCCAUCAUAUGGGAUCAAUUUUGGGUCUUGAGGCAUGUGCUGACCCGGAUCUACUUUGUUCUGACCUGCCAGGUAUCCUACGGCCUCAAGAACGGCACAUCCGUCGAGGACGUCGGAUGGGCCGCGAGGAUGGUCUUUGCACAAGGUGGAGAGCUCAAAAUGAAGAGUUAUCAGGCAGGUCGCACCCAGUAUUGAUAUUUUGAUGUAGUAUUUACUGACCCCAGAGCCCUCUUAUCAACUUUGGCGAUAUUCCAGGUUUGGCUCGUGAGUGUUCUUCAUGGAAUAAGUGUGAAUCCUCUUGACUCCCCGAUUGAGCCGAGUUCCUCACCUAAUGUUCCAACCAGGAUGCUGCUCCACUCGCGGACGCAGUCAAAGAGAUGCACAAACAUUGA